AUGCAGGCUGAGACCAUCCUGGAGGGUCUUGAGGCUGGCUUACCCCAGGCUGUGAGUAGUGGGCUCAGCCUAGUCCCGGCUCCUGGGUUAGUGAUCACGUGCCGCUCUGCCCACUCAGGGCCUGGAGGAAUGGCCUUAGAGCCCCCACCAACCAGGCUCAGGAAGGCAUUCCUAGCUCAGAGUACCCUCCUGGAGUCUACACUGGAAGGGGCUCCUGAGUGGGCCGCGCCACACCCCGAGGAGCAGAGGCGCAGUCCUCCCGCGUACUCCCAGCACACUCCACCCCUGCCCAGCACACCCAUGGGGCCCCCACCUUGCUCACCUGGGGGGAACCACCCACUCUGCGCCCUCUCAGGGAGAGGUGGUGGCCGCUGCUCUAUCCCCUCCCUCUCUUCCUCUUCCACCUUCUCUCUCUUCUCAUCUGGGUGCUGGAACCCAAGCGUGAAACUGAGAGUCAGAAAGUCUCAGUCUCAAGGCAGAGCGGGGCAACUAAUUUAA